AUGGCAAAUCAAUAUCAGACGGGACUGGGCGGAGAUGCGCCCAAGAUGUUGGCUGUGCUGUGGUCACUUACCGCGCUGGCGCUGGUCUUUAUUGUUCUUCGUUUUUAUACUCGUGUGAGAGUAAUUCGCGCGUAUGGGUUGGACGACUACUUUUAUAAUGCCUCGUUUAUCACCCUUUUAACCUACGACAUCAUGAUGACGAUUGCGUCGAUGUACGGAUUCGGCCGAAAUAUUGACGACGUUAUCUCCCUCAAAGGUCCUGUCGUGGGAAUGGAAUCUGUCACAAGGGCAAUUCUCUACUCUGCCAUCGGUCAGACCAUCCUCGUCUUCGGAACGAUCCUUUGCAAGACCUCCAUGGCUCUCUUCUUGGUACGGCUCGUCCCGGACAAGCGCAGUCAAAUCAUCGUUUGGAUCCCCAACUUCUUCCUCGCCACCGGCAUCGUAGCCUCGCUUUUCGUCUUCUGGUUUGCGUGCCAUCCCACAGCCUUCUUGUGGGAUCGUCGAAUCCCUGACGGAAAAUGCCCCAUCGACCCAGGCCCAAUCUCAAUUUACGCAGGCGUCUGGUCUGUCAUAACGGAUUUUUGGUAUGCAGCUUUUCCCUGGUAUCUUCUCUGGAAUAUUCAAAUGCCGAAGCGUGAGAAGCGAAUCAUUGCUGCUUCUUUAAGCUUGGGUGUGGUUGCCGGGGCUUGCGGCAUCGAGAGAGCUAUACAGUUGAAGUACUUGGGCAGCCCGAACUACCUCAAAGACGUUGUUGGCAUCAUUAUAUGGCAUGCUGCGGAAUUUUGUACCACCAUGGUUUGUAUCGGCAUUCCUGUCUGUCGACCGCUUUACCGAGGCUGGUUGGACGGUCUGUCGAGCGCCAAGGGGAGCAGCGGUACGGGAGGUGGCAGCGGAUGGAUGAGAAAUAGAGACCCGUCAGGGGAUAACAUGUUUUCGUUGCAUACCAUUGGUGGAUCUGGAGCUCGAGGCAAAUCGGUAAAUGCAACGAUAGAUGAUACCAUGGCUGCCAGGCACAGCACUACCAGGGCGCGGGUCACCUCAGAUAACACCAGUGAAGAGUCGAUCCUUGGCCCAGAGGCAAAAGACCAUGCGAGGGGCAAUGGGAAAGAUCUGGGGAUCAGGGUCAAGACGGAGUAUAAGGUGGAUUACGACAGGAAUUAA